AUGUCUACCACCACCGUCCACUGCCCUUCCUGCAAGAGAACCUUCAAGACUCGCUCCCAUUUUAAUGCGCAUAUCGCACUGGCCCCAAAUUGCAAGUGGGUGCGAACCAUGUGCAAUCCCCAGAACGAUAUUGAAAUGAGAGAUUAUUGUGAGCUGAGCGACCAGGAUGACGAUCAUCUUGGAAAUCAGGAUGGCGGUGAUGUGGAUGAAGCCGAGUUAGGUGAAAUCGAAGAUUCACAACACAAGGCUGGAUCGCCAUCCCGCACUUCUGCAGGCCUGCCCCAUCGAGCCAUGCGCAAUGACUGUGGAGACCCCAUACUCAUAGUUGAGAGACAUCCAGAAGCAGGUCGGGUCUUGCGGUGUGAUGAUGCUACUCAUGCUACAUAUAUGUGGACCUGCCAUGACCUUCAGAGCAAGGAUAAUCAGUAUCACCCUUUUCUCGAUGAAGGUGACUACAAGGUAGCUCGGUGGGCAAUCAAGCAAGGGCCAAAUCAAAACGCCCUCACAGAUUUUUUGUCCAUUGAUGAGGAGAACAGUAAAAUUGGACUAUCCUACAAGAAUGCUCGUGCUCUUCACCAAAAAAUUGAUCACGAACUCCCUGGUGUUACUCCAUGGCGACGCAAUCCUGUUGAAUCUAUCAAAGAACUGUGGGCUAACCCCGCCUAUCUUGAGCACCUUACCUAUGCGCCCGAACACCGCUUUGCAGAUGAAGGAAAAUCUGAACACAUUUAUGAUGAGUUCAUGAGUGGUGAUUGGGCAUGGGAAAUGCAGACACUUCUUCCAGAUGGCACUACGCUUGUUCCUGUCAUUCUCAGCUCUGACAAGACCCAGCUUUGCCAAUUUCGAGGUGACAAAACCACAUACCCGGUCUACCUCACUAUUGGCAAUAUCUCGAAGUCUAUUCGUCGCAAGCCGUCCUUUCGCACCCAGAAGCUUAUUGGGCACCUUCCGACUGUUUCUCUAGAUGGGAAUGAUCUUUCAACAGACAAUGCCCGUCUUAUUCGUACACAGCUAUUCCACUAUGCAAUGGGAGUUAUUACCAGCACACUACGUACUUUAUCUCCUACAGAUGGGAUUGAGCUCACAAGCGGAGAUGGGGUAGUGCGCCUCGGGUUUCCUGUGGUUGCUGCCUAUGUAGCAGAUUACCCGGAGCAAGCAUUGGUGACAUGCACGCGCUACUCGCAAACAUGUCCUAAGUGCUUUGUAUCGAAGGAUGAGCUGGGUGAACAUGUCACCGGAGAUCCAUGA